AUGGACGAAGGAGUCAUGGAUCUUGAUUCGAACUCAAUGUUUCUAAAUGAGCUGUUCGGUGAUGGGCUAGAAUCUGGGGGGCAAGAUGGCGAGCUAGCCUCGGACAGCUUCUUGAACCUGGGUCCUGCACCCUCCGACUUCUCGGGGUCGAAAGGGGAAUUCGACUCUCUUGAAACCCCAGAAUCUCUCUUGUGGGGCGGUGAACAACUUCCUACUAGUGGGCCAGCUAGACCUCCAACAAGCGGUCCUCCAGCUCAAACUGAGACCGUCGUUUCACCACCUCAGCUUGUCCGACAGGGCUCUGCCUCGGGACGACCGCCUACAGGAGCCAGGACAUCGUCGUCAAGUGGAGCAAACAAGCGUCGAAGUAGUGGAAAUCCGUCAACUCCCCUGAAUUCGUCAUUAGAUGAUGGUCAGAAUGGCGCGUCUCACCCUCAGAUGGACACAUCUGGCGAUCAAGGUAGUGGUCAUGCAAGAAUGCAAGUCUCUGGGAAACAGCAACAGCUUCAUCAUCAGAUGGUGCAGCAGCAACAGGCACAGCAGCAGGCACACAUCCAGCAGCAGCAUGUGCAACAGGCGCAACAGCACAUGCAAGGCUCCAUGCCGAGCGGAUGGUCCUCAUACGGAGGUCCUCCGAGUCGGGGAAGCUCAUCAUCGAAUCUUGCUGCUCAUAUGGGGCCAGGAAUGCAAUCGGCCUCAGGCCCAAGCAUUCCCGAUGGCAUGUCCAUGGCUGGUAUGCCUGCGGCUUCUAUGCCUCAGUCUGCCAUCUCACAAGCAAUGAUGUCUCAUGGAGGGCUACCUCCAGGAGCUGUAGGCAGCAACAUGAUGCCGAAUGCCAUUCAAGGAUCCGGAAUGUCUCAAAUGGGAAUGCCCUCUGGAAUGAGUCCUGGAAUGUCGCAAGGGAAUAUUUCCCAAGCAAAUUUAGUUCAAGCAGGGAUGCCGCAUGCAAACCUUGCACAGGGAGGGAUGCCCCAUCCAAGUAUGUCGCAGCCGGGCAUGUCGCAGCCGGGCAUGGCACAGGCAGGUCUCUCACAGCAAGUAAACAUGCCUCCUGGUGCUUUGAACCCGAAUGUUAUGGGUGCUGGUGGGAUGAAUCAAGGUAGUGUAAUUUAUCUGGGAGUGAGAUACGUCCUUGAUUGCAUGUCGAAAGGUGGAAUGGUGCAAGGAUCGAUGAUGCCACACAACCAAUCUGGACACAUGCAGGUUGGGGGACAAGUACAUCCACAUGCUCAAUCGCAGCUCAUGGAGGGCAAUAUCCUCAGCAAAAUAUGUCUCCGCACGCACAGCAUAUGCAACAGCAAUCUCAACAACAUCCUCAAUCGAUGCAAGGAUACUCAAGAGAUUCGAUUGGACAACCAACAAGCGCACAGAUACAGCAACAAAGAUUUCAAGCGAUGGGCUCUGCUGGACAAGGUCAACCAAGCCCUUCACACUCUAUACAAUCUCCACAGCAAGCGGCACCGCAGCAGGCAUCUCCAAGUGUUCAGCCCAGCCCUCAAGGCCCUCAGCAGCAGCUGCAAGCUCAGGGCAGUGGACAGAUGUCAUCGGCAUCGUUUCAGAGUGUGGGUGCGCGGCUUCAAAGCUGUCAGUCGAGACUUGUGGAAGCAUUGCAACGCUGUUCGUCUCUACUAA